GCAGGGCAAUAUUUUAAUACAUUAAUUUCAACUUUAGAUACAAAUUAAAACAAUAAAAUUAAGGUUAUUUUGGUUUCAACUUUCAACACUCCAACGACAUGGCGCAUUCACUGAUCCCUCUCUAUAUUGUAGUGGCUGUUCUAAUACUUGUAACCAUAGGUAUUAUCAGCAUCAUUCGUAGAUUUGUGUAUUGUCUCAAAUGCAUAAGCAAAAUGAUAAGCCAAAGUGGGUCAGACAAGACACUAGUGAACACACUGAGGAACCUCCCGGGAACCCCCAGAGAGUACAGCUUUGAGGAUCUGAAGAAGGCAACCAACAACUUCCAUGAUGUCAAGAACAAGCUAGGACAAGGUGGUUUUGGUGCUAUUUACAGAGGAACACUCCCUAAGAACAAGACCCAGGUGGCUGUCAAGAAGUUCUUGAGGGACAAGAUCUCUAGCACACAUGAUUUCUUGGCUGAGCUCACCAUCAUCAAUUCUCUUCGUCACAAGAACCUUGUCCGCUUACUUGGAUGGUGCCACAAGAAUGGGAUACUACUUUUAGUAUAUGAAUACAUGCCUAAUGGAAGCUUAGAUCAUCACCUUUUCUUCAAGGAAAGGACCAACAAAACCCCAUUAAGUUGGCAUCUAAGAUACAAGAUCAUAUCAGGGUUGGUUGCUGCUUUGAACUACCUCCACAACGAAUGCGAUAAGAAAGUGAUCCACAGAGAUCUCAAAGCAAGUAACAUCAUGCUAGACUCUGACUUCAAUGCACGCUUAGGCGAUUUUGGUUUGGCUCGUGCAAUUGAGAACGAGAAGACAUCUUAUGCAAAUUUGCAAGGUGUUCCUGGAACUAUGGGCUACAUUGCACCAGAGUGCUUAUACAUCGGAAAGGCCACACGUGAAUCCGACGUGUAUGGAUUCGGCGCAGUCUUGCUGGAGGUGGUGUGUGGACAGAGGCCAUGGACAAAGAAUUUGAACUAUCAGUUUCUUGUGGAUUGGGUUUGGCACUUGCACCGCGAGGGAAGGAUACUAGAGGCAGUAGAUCCAAGGCUAGAGAAUGAGUUUGAGGCUGAAGAAGCAGAGAGGGUAUUGAAAUUGGGGUUAGCAUGCUCUCACCCCAUUGCAAGUGAGAGGCCUAAGAUGCAGACAAUUGUUCAGAUAAUAUCAGGGUCAGUUCCUGUGCCUUAUGUUCCACCCUUCAAGCCACCUUUUGUGUGGCCUGCCGCGGAUCAAAGCGGCCCUACAGCUGCAACUUUAGAGUGCUCUCCCAUUAACACAACCUUCUUUGCUCGUUAAAUGUUACUGAUAGCCUUAUAAUUAUAAGUCUUGGGGAGUUAUACUCAUUUUCCAAAGUAAGUUCAUAAAAAAAGAUGUUCUAGAUUUAAGAUGUUAUCCAAACCUUAUCUCUGAAGUGUAUAAUUGUAUACUUUUGAGUACCAUAUUUAGGAAGAAUAAUGUAUACAUUAAUAUUGAAUGAGUUAAUUAACAACAUAUAUACAAGAUUCAACUAUACAGAGUUACAUCCCUCCAAAAAAAAAAAAAAUUAUACCUUACAACCUAUUUAUAAGCACAUGCAAUCUU